UUUGGUUACCUGUAAGUGAUACCAGCCUGCUAACCUGACACGUCAAACGGCGUUAGCUCUAAUCAGCGGUGACUGGAAGCACGUCCUGUGUGAAUUAUAAGUCAGUAUCAUUGCAGUGUCUGUGGCGACGUGUCUCCCUCUGGUUGCAUUCUGCUGUGUGACUGAAUUACAGACUGAAAACACUAAUUUUGUAAGCAUAUGGUAUCAGGCUGAUGGUAUCAUGGGUGUAAAUUUACGCUAGUGGGGUUAGCUCACAGAUAGCAGUUAGCUACAGCCUCUGAACGGUGUGCUAUCCUAACAGAAAGCUGGAGUGUUAUUGGUUUGUGAGUGUGUGAGAGCUUUUGAAACACGCAUCAUGUAGUCAUAGAUCAUAUACAUGAGCAUAAAAAUGGAAAAUUUACUACAAAAAAUGAGAUGUAGUUAGCUAUAUAAUCCAGAAGAUCGAGCUUGUAUAGUGUGGCUCGUUGGUCUAGGGGUAUGAUUCUCGCUUUGGGUGCGAGAGGUCCCGGGUUCAAAUCCCGGACGAGCCCUCGUUUUUCUUCUUUCAUUUUAAACAAACGCAUCCGUCUUUUCGUGUGCCGGUUCAUUUUAAUACAUUCAAAUGCAUAAUGAUGUGAUUCAGGUAGGUUUUGAAUACUGGGGCAACGAGACAGGCUGGUUAUCACUGCUGUAUUGUACCUUCUCUCACCCCCCCACCCGUCCUUCCACCUGCCCUCCGUCAAACACUGAACAAAGAGCCCCUCGGCCGCUGUGCCUCCCCAGCUGUUGGCCUGUCCCGCCCCCACAAACACACCAGACACUCUUAACAGGCGGCAGACGAGCUCAGCCUCUCCAUUCACUGCAGUGUGGCUGUGUCGGGACAGCACCAUUAUAGAGGGCUGAAGGAGGACUGUCUGUUCUGGGAAUAACGUCAUUACAGAGGCUUCAACUAUACUAAAGAAGCAAACCUCUAACUUGGGACCUGCAGCAACCAUCUACUACUUCAACAAGCCCUCAUCAGCUGCUCGAUAUUAGAUCGGUUUUCAUCGGAUUUACUGACUACAAGACUGAUUUUGGUCCUUACAGUCAACCCGUUGCGUUCUGUUCGGCUCGACCAUGGUUCUGUGUGAGGACGGCGAGUGCAGCGUCUGCCUCUUUCCCUACUCUCGGACGGAGAGGAUCCCCCGGUUGCUCCACUGCAGGCACACCUUCUGCGAGCUGUGCCUGGAGACCAUGUCGCAGGCCACGAGCUCGCUGCUCACCGUGAGCUGCCCGCUGUGUCGCCGGGUGACCUGCGUAGGAAACGGCCUCAGCCUGCAGGAAGCCCUGUGGGUCAACAGCCGGCUGUGGGAGCAGAUACCGGAGGAGGAGGAGGAGGAGGAGGAGGAGGAGGAUGGUGGACUGAAAGGAGAAGCUGCGGAGGAGAGGACGGAGACUAAACAACAGGCAGAAUGUGUUGCCUCCAGGUCCGCCAGAACCAAGCUCAAACUGCCCGCCUUCUUCAAAAGGUUCAGUCUGACGAAGCAGCACCAGGAGAGGAUUGUGCCCGGCAGCAACGUGGAAAUGAAAUCCUGGCGCAGGCUGUCAGCUGAUGAGACCAUUUGAAAAAAAAAAA